AUGAAUGUAGAGGUGGAGAAGGCCAAACAGGUCCUGGUGAAGGUGCAAGAGGAGAUAGAGGCGGCAGAAAUGUCAGAUGAAUUAUUUAAUAAGGAGGCUGAAGCGACGACAGUUCUUUUGAAGGCGAAUCAAAUGUAUGAAAAAUUAUGGGUAGAGAAAGUGAAGCUGAGUUGGAUGAAAAAUGGCGACUGCAACUCACAGUUUUUUCAUCUCUCACAAUUCCAUGAAGCUUCUCCUAUCUCUGUUCAUAAUGAGCUGCUGGACUUUGUUCCAAGGAUCUUGGGUGAAGAGGAUGUGGAAGGUUUGGAAUCUGUCCCAGGUAGGGACAAAAUUAAAAAGGCUGUUUGGGACUUGGAUCCUGCAAGUUUGCCCAGGCCUAAUGGUUUCCCAGGGAGUUUCUUGAGGAAGUGUUGGGAAUUAGUCGAAGCUGAUUUUUGCAAGGCAUUGAUGCAGUUUUUUGUGAUCGGGAAGAUUCCUAAAGGGAUAAAUAAUAAUUUUAUCUCUUUGAUUCCUAAGGUGGAGGGAGCUUCUUCGCUUGAUAGGUUUCGGCCUAUAUGCAUGGGAAAAUUUUAUUGCAAGGUUUUAUCAAAAAUUAUGGCUUCAAGACUUCUCAGUUUGCUGCCUAGUUUGAUCUCCAAAGAGUAA